UUUCGUCUCAGAUGGGCGUCACCGCUUUCACUUACUCUAUUUAAACAACCUGCAGCGGAUGCGUGAUUCAUAUCUGUGCCGCAUUAAAACUACAUCGAGGAAUAACUUUGCCCAUUGACUGAACAUUAUAAGUGCAAAAUGACAGAGUCGCUGUCUUCACCUUCAAAUAAAAAGAUGAGUGUAAGUGCCAAUGAACUGAUUGAAUUCUUUGAAAUGUGGGAUGAAUUUAACUUCACCGAUGCCAGUGACAACAUAUCGCAGGUGGAAGUACACACGUGCCUAACUUCCUUUAAUCGUUCUGCCCUUCUAAAUGUAAUGUGCACCCUCUAUGCCUUCAUUUUUGUUGUGGGCCUUGCCGCCAACGCACUGGUAGUGUGGGUCAACCUGCGCUCACAGCGUCACUAUCACGAAACACAUUUGUAUAUCCUAAACCUGGCGGUGGCUGACCUGUGUGUGGUAGCUACUUUGCCCGUGUGGAUAAGCUCGCUGGCACAGGGUGGUCACUGGCCAUUUGGUCAGGUGGCUUGCAAGCUAACGCAUCUUCUCUUCAGCGUCAACCUGUUCGCUAGCAUCUUUUUCUUGGCUUGCAUGAGCGUGGACCGGUAUGUUUCGGUAGUGCGCACGGGGGAGAUAUCUCACAGAUGGGGACGGCGAAUACGCCGUUUGGUGUGUGCCGCAACAUGGCUCCUUGCUCUGUUCGCAUCACUUCCGGACACAUACUUCCUGCAGUCGGUGAAGUCGCUACAUGGUCAUGCGACUUUGUGUCGCCCUGAGUAUCCAGAGGAGAACCCUUUGGAGUGGAUGGUGGGAAUUCAGUUGAGUUUUGUGGUUUUAGGAUUUGCAAUCCCUUUCCCCAUUAUAGCAGUGUCUUACGCCCUGCUGGCAAACACUCUGGCGUCGUCUUCCUCCUCUAAUUCCCCAUCAAAUGAAGAUCAGGAUCGCAGCGUCAGCAGGAAGGUCAUCCUCACUUACAUUGUGGUCUUCAUAGCUUGCUGGGCACCAUAUCAUAGCGUGCUCCUAGCCGACGCUCUGGUCAUGUUAGGAGUGCUUCCUAUGGGCUGCAGCGCGGAGAACUCUCUCUUCGUUGCGCUGAACCUCACGCAGUGCCUGUCAUUGCUACACUGCUGUGUGAACCCCGUGGUCUACAGCUUCGCCCAUCGCCAUUACCGAUAUGACCUCAUGAAGGCCUUCAUCUUCAAAUACUCCACUCGUACCGGGCUGACACGUCUGAUAGAGGGCUCUCAGGGCACCGAGACGGAGUACGCGGUGGUGGAGAACACCCCUACAGCCGUGAGCUAGGACCUUGGGGACCUUCACCCUCCACCACCAAAGUUCUGCACUGCUUCAAAUAUGACCUCACCUGACAUGUUUCAGAUCUGGUCUUCCAGAUAAACAACACUGAAUUAGAACUGAAUGUUUUUCAUCAUAGGUCUAAAUGGUCAACGUUGGUCUCGAAGACGUUGAAAGCUCUUGAGCUUUGGAAUAUCUCCAAAUGCAGUUACACAGGAAUGUACCAAAGACAGAUGGGAUCUUAUUUUAACCUCAGAGCCAUGAGCAUCUAUCCAAAUUGCCAGCAGGCUUUACAAUGUGUUUAACCAAGUUUAAGAAAACUUGGUUUAGGGUUACAGUGUGUUACAGUUUGAUACGGUAUCGUUCAAGGAUGGCUGGCACAUCUCACAUACAAUGAUCAGAACUAAAAAUGACAUGUUAGAAAUGUGUUGAAUUUUGACAAGAACUUCUAAACAUUUCAAGUUAUAGAAUAUACAAGAAUUUCAAAUUUAUCCAAAAGUGUCUUACUUCUUAAAAUACCAAAAAUAAAUAAAGCAUAAAUAUUUUA